UUUUUUUUUUUUAAAAGGGCAGAUUUACUAUGGCAUUAAAUUAAUGCUAUAUUCUACCACGCGGUAUUAAUUGCAUGUCAAGCAAAGAUGGUCCAGGCAUUCGUAUUGGUCUGAGUUAUGCGUGAGUAAAUAUGAUGUGCGCCCCGCAUUUAAAUUAGAAUGGCCAGUUCUUUUUUAUAUGAUUUGUUCAAACUGUUCAGCUUACACGUGUGUCUUAAUUUGCUGCAUUUUUUUUUCUAUUUUUUUGCACAGCACAUUUCGCGUCUUGUCAGAAUAUAUUUGUGGUACGAUAUUUUACUAUUCUUUACGUGUCAGGCUACAACUUUUUCCUUCUUUUUUUUCACACUAAGAAGUCCAUAGUCUGUUUUCUAUAGGACUAAAUGACAUAACAUCUCAUUGUGAUCACAUAAUAAAC